GCCAGUGAAUUGCAACUCUUUGAUUUCUCAGAGUUGGGAGAGGCAUAUGGGGGUCUUCGAGUAGCUCCGGAGCCCGCGGGCACCAGCGGCCCGACCAGAUCCCUUCGCGCUGGGCGGCUCACGGCCAGCUCUGUGUCUGUCGCUAAGAUGAGCACCCGCCUUUCCUCUCCUGUCGACGCUGAGCGUCGAGUCCAGUCCACGUUGAAGAAGGUCUUUGGGUUUGACUCUUUUAAGACGCCUUUGCAGGAGAGUGCGACCAUGGCGGUGGUGAAAGGUGACAAGGACGUCUUUGUGUGCAUGCCCACAGGGGCUGGGAAGUCCCUCUGCUAUCAGCUCCCUGCUCUCUUGGCGAGAGGCAUCACCAUUGUCAUCUCUCCUCUCAUUGCUUUGAUUCAGGACCAAGUGGACCACUUGCUGGCGCUGAAGGUACGAGUGAGUUCCCUGAACUCCAAGCUCUCAGCGCAGGAGAGGAAGGAGCUGCUGUCUGACCUGGAGCAAGAAAAGCCCCGGACCAAGCUUCUGUACAUCACGCCGGAGAUGGCGGCCUCAGCCUCCUUCCAGCCCACCCUGAACUCCCUGCUGGCCCGCCACCUGCUCUCCUACCUUGUGGUCGACGAAGCUCACUGUGUCUCCCAGUGGGGACAUGACUUCCGUCCUGACUACUUGCGCCUGGGCGCUCUGCGCUCCCGCCUGGCACACGCCCCGUGUGUCGCUCUGACCGCCACCGCCACCCCGCAGGUCCAGGACGAUGUGUUUGCCGCCCUGCACCUGAAGCAGCCGGUCGCCACCUUCAAGACGCCCUGCUUCCGAGCCAACCUCUUCUACGACGUGCAGUUCAAGGAGCUGUUGUCCGACCCCUACGGGAACCUCAAGGACUUCUGCCUUAAGGCGCUUGGACAGAAGGCUGAUAAGGGGGUGUUAUCCGGCUGUGGCAUCGUCUACUGCAGGACCAGAGAGGCCUGUGAGCAGCUCGCCAUAGAGCUCAGCUACAGGGGUGUCACCGCCAAGGCUUACCACGCAGGGCUGAAGCCUUCUGAAAGGACGCUGGUGCAGAACGAGUGGAUGGAGGAGAAGGUCCCUGUGAUUGUUGCAACCAUCAGCUUUGGGAUGGGUGUGGACAAAGCCAAUGUCAGGUUUGUCGCCCACUGGAAUAUUGCCAAGUCUAUGGCUGGGUACUACCAGGAGUCUGGCCGGGCAGGCAGGGACGGGAAGCCUUCCUGGUGCCGCCUCUACUACUCCAGGAGUGACCGGGACCAAGUCAGCUUCCUGGUCAGGAAGGAGAUAGCAAAACUCCAGGAAAAGAGGGGGAACAAAGCAUCUGAUAAAGCUGCUCUCUUGGCCUUUGAUGCCCUGGUGGCCUUCUGUGAAGAAGCGGGGUGCCGCCACGCCGCCAUCGCCAAGUACUUUGGGGAUGCCACCCCGGCCUGUGCCCGCGGCUGCGACCACUGCCAGAACCCUGCGGCCGUGCGGAGACAGCUGGACGCCUUGGAGCACAGCAGCUGGAGCAGGACCUGCAUCCGGCCCGCCCAGGGGGACGGCUUCGACGCCGAGCUCUACGAGGGAGGCCGCAGGGGUUACGGGGGCUUCAGCAGGUACGAUGAAGGCUCUGGAGGCAGUGGGGACGAGGGCAGAGAUGAGGCCCACAAGAAGGAGUGGAAUCUCUUCUACCACAAGCAGAUGAGCCUGCGAAAGGGCAAAGACCCCAAGAUGGAAGAAUUCGUACCCCCAGAUGAGGACUGUCCCCUGAAAGAGGCUUCCAGCAGGAAGAUCCCCAGGCUCACUGUGAAGGCCCGCGAGCACUGCCUGCGGCUCCUGGAGGAGGCUCUGAGCAGCAACCGCCAGGCCGCCGGCGCCCAGGGACCUGACGUCCAGGCUGAGGCCGUGGAGCUGGAGCACCAGACAUUCCGGAACGCCAAGGUGGCCAACCUGUACAAGGCCGGCGUGCUGAAGAAGGUGGCCGAGAUCCACAGGGCCUCCAAGGACGGGCAACGGUACGACGCGGGAGGCGCUGUGCAGAGCAGCAGGCCGCAGGCCGGGCCCCUGGGGCCCAGUGAGCAUGACCUCCAGCCGGCCUCCCAGGUGUACUCGCUCAAACCCAAGCGGGUGGGCGCUGGCUUCCCCAGAGGCUCCAGCCCGUUCCAGACGGCCACAGAGCUGAUGGAGAAGACGCGGGCAGUGCAGCAAGGCACCCAGCCUGAGGAAGGGGGCACACAGCCGCCCCCCGCCCGGCCCUGCGGCCACAGUGAGCCCUGCGCUGGGCCUGGAGCGGAGGCCCCUGGAAGCGGUGCUCGUGGCAGGGUGCCCACCCCUGAGAAGAAGGCGAAAGGCCCCCCUCAGGGCAGUACUGUUGCCAAGGCCCGGGCCAAGCAGCAGCAGCUUCUAGCCGCAGCUGCCCUCAAGGACUCCCAGAACAUCGCCCGCUUCUUCUGCCGGCGGCCGGCGAGCCCACCUCCUCCUGCUCCCGCCCUGGGGGCAGACGGUGCCAGCCCCUGCUGGGAGGAGGUGGGGGGUGUGCUGGUGCCCUCAGAGAACACGGGCGAGGAGACUGAAGCCCCGGGACCCUUGGCUGUCCCCCUUCAGCCUGAGGCGUGCCCCGGGGAGGGGCCGAGACAUCCGGGAGCCCCUGAAGGCCAGCCCAGCCCCACAAAGGAGACGCAGAAGGGCAAGCGACCCAGACCCCUACAGGAGCUCCCAGAUUGCUGGGCUCAGAAGAGGCUUCGCCCUUCAGCCCAGGCCUCCACCUCGGCCGAGGCCCAGGGCUGCAUCUCAGCAUCUCAGGGUGCUUUGAACCCCGUGGCCCCCGGCUCCGGCCCAUCCCUGAAGGAGGCUGCGAACGUGGUGGUCAAGUGCCUGACCCCCUUCUACAAGGAGGGCAAGUUCGCCUCCAAGGAUUUAUUCAAAGGCUUCGCCCGCCACCUUUCACACCUGCUGGCGCAGCAGACCUGCCCCAGAAGCAGCGUGAGGGAAGAGGCUCAGCACCUCAUCCAGCAGUUUUUCCUUGGCCGGGGCCGCUGUGAGAGUGAGGCGGACUGGCUCGGCCCCCGUGAUGCCCAGAGAUGACGGAUGCUGCCCCACGGAGCCGCAUGCUCCCCGGGUCCUUCCCCGGGCUGCUGGGGCCUCGCUUGGAGUGUGCACAGGCCUGUGGCGCAGGGUCCCUCCCCCGCCAGCCGCACCUGGCGGCACGGAGGGGCCCGCCGAGACCAGAGGUCAGCAUGCUUGUGCAGUCGGACCUUCUCAGAGCCUGUCUCUCUCCUGGCCCUUGCGGCUGGGUCUCUGUGCCAGCCCCAGGUCACCAGGUGGUGGGUGGUGUGGCUGCUGCCAGAACAGGAAGAAGGGGUGUCCCCCACCACGUGUGCUAAAUGCGUCUUGAGCCAGGCGAGGCACUGGGGACUACUCAGGAGUGCCCCGCUGGCCCCAGGCCCCCGUCCCCGGUGGUGCUUGCUCCUUUCUGGCCCCAGGUGAGGUGGCGGCCAGGGCCUGCGCCCUGUGGCUCCUGGUCAUGAGGCCAGGCGGACUCUGGGGGCAGAGGAAUAAAGCCUGCUUGUUCUGACA